CCAACCUGAGUCGCCGUUGCCGCUUCAGCCAUCUUGGUGGGGGACAAUAGCUGUGAGAGAGGAGGAGGAGGGAAGAGUAUGUAAUGACACCGAUAUCUUUAUUUUAUUCUUGUUGGAGCCGUUUUCUAACCUUGUGACGUUUUGGGGCCUCCGGUGCGAUAGUGGUGGCUCGGCCUUUUUUUUUUUUUUCUUCUACACCUCGUCGUGACGACUACGCGGUGCUCUAGGAUGUGCGGUGCUCGGGUCCCGAGAUGUGAUCGUGGUCGAAGCGCAAAAUCGUGCGCGUUUCGGCGCCGUUGCCGGGAAAGUGCUGGCGCACUCGUAACGAGGCUUAGCUCGUAGAGGGCCCCCGCAAAGUGAACACACACCCGAUGAACGUCAGGUGAGGAGCUGCUAGCGUGUGUGCGCGUGUGUGUGUGUGCGAGGCGGCCCGCCGCUUUGCGCGCGCGCGCUCUUGAAGAGUCAUGGAAAAGCUUCACAAGGAACCUGGCGACUACACCAAGGACUCGUCGUCGUUCACGCUCGAGCUGCAAAAGUUCCACGAAAGCCGAGGGAGUCCGUUCCGUCACGCACCCCGGAUAAAUGGUCGAGAAGUGGAUCUUUUCGCCCUGUACAACAGCGUGACGGCGAUCGGCGGAUGGCAGAAGGUGAACGACCUACUCAAGUGGGAUUACAUUCUUGACAAACUCAACUUUCCCAAGGCGUGCGCCAAUGCAUCGCUCGCUCUGCGGCAAGUCUACGUUCGGUACCUCAGCUUGUUUGAGAAGGUGCACUUCCUGGGCGAAGAUGCGGACGAGGAAGCCGACCCUGGCACCGAGUCGCGCGGUGGCCGCAAGAGCACUGGCGCGGCACUGGUCCAGGUGCCCAUGUCCUACAACAAAGCACAGCACGACAUCCCCGAGAGCCAGCGGCUCGUGCUGGGCCUGGCACCCUGCGCGGGUCCGUCGCCGGAGUACAACAAGCUCUGCAUGUCCCUCCUGAGUGGCCUGCCCAACGAAGAGACCCUCACCCUCAAUGUGUGCACGCUGCUCUCGAAUGAGGGGCGUCACAGCCUCAAGCUGGACCGCAUGCCCCGGCUGGUCGACCUCCUGCUCUCCCAGGCGGGGCUCUUCCCAACGGAUGACCCGACGUUGCGGCCAUUGUUGCUGGAAAGCUGGCAGGGCGUGGAAGGUCGGCGGAUGGAACGUUUCUGGGAGGACAAUUUGGAUGCAGAGACGAUAGCCCUAUACAAUAUUGGCAGAGGUAACAAGGACGAAGAGGACGAGCUUUUUAACUUAAAUUAUGAAGUAGGGACACGGAGUGUAGAAGGCCAAAGAGUGUUAAGGAUUGCACUGAUCUUCCACAACCUCUCGUUCGAAGAGCGCAACGCUGUCAUCUUGGCAAAGAACCGGACAUUCAUCAGGUUUGUCAUGCUGUCUGCCCUGAGCCGUUGGUCUACGCUGCGACAGGUGGCUUUGGAUACGAUUGGCAACCUCGCUGCUAAGUUGGUGCUGUACCCUGCGCCGGACGAAGACGAGGACGAGGCCUCGUCCGGCCACCACUGCUACGAGGACCUGGCCGGCGAGCGGCAGCGCUGGUCCUGCUCGCUGCUGCGACUGGCCCGCGAGGGCAUCCAGUCGCAGGACCGGUACCUGGUCGUCCGCUGCCUCGACAUCCUGGCCCGUCUCUGCCGGCAGGAGCGCAACGCAGAACCCCUGCUAGCCGCGCUAGACACGCCCCUGUGCCGGCGCGUCUUCGAGCUCCUCACCGUGCACGACCUGAUGCUCCUAAUAUACGCACUCGAGGCGCUCUACAUGCUCAGUGAGCUCGGCCGUGACGCAUGCGAGCGCAUGCUUCUUGUCCACCGGUCCAUGGGGAUCCUGGUUAGCCUCCUGACGUUGGACCCGCUGGUCUACGGACCACUUGCCCAGAAGGGCAUGAAGCUCAUCGAGACCAUUGACCCUCUCCUGCCUCCGCCGCAAGUCCCUGCGGCAACCAACAACCCGGCCGCCACUCCGACCUCGUUGCCGAUGUCGGCGCCACUGACGCCUUCCAUGGUCUCCACUGGUGGAAGCGCGUUGGGGAUGAACACGCCGGGAACCUCAACGGGCGUCACGGGGACGACGGGGCCUGGACCUGGGCUGGGUCCAGCCAGCGGCAGGCACCCCUACGACUUCGGCUACGGGGCUCGCACGACUGCGGCGCCGCAGAGUGAUCCCAUGGACACGGAGGCAUUUGCAGGGACCUGGGUGCGGGCCAUGUACGAGCCGGCGCCCCCAGGCUGCACGGUGGCGCGCAAUGACAUCUACGCAGAGUAUGUGACAUUCUGCAGCAAGGCGGGAAGAAAGAGCGUGAUCAGCGCUUCGGUGUUUUCCAACUGUGUCAAAGCGGUGUACACACAGACAGGUCUCCGGCGGGUGGACGGUGCGAACGGCGUUGUGAGUUUUCAUCACGAUGGCCUCCGCAAGCGACUCAACCCGUUACCGGUGCCAAUUCAAGUGACCAGCUGCCUCAGCAUCAGCACACAAGCUGCGGCCACGACACUGCGCACGCCCCUUGCGAGUGGCGGCACAGCGUCUAGCCACAGCCCGAUCCUGAAGGCUCAGCUCUCAGCACCGCUCCGGGCUCUGACACCACCGGGGAACCAGGUUUCCCCGCCUCCUUCGCCAGCCACAACGGCCCCGCAGGUCGUGGGCACGCCUCCGGCACCUCCGCCGCCCAGCGGUGCGCCACCUGGCGGGUCGAGCAACCUCAUCAAGAGCUUGUUGGCCAACAAGGUGUCCCGCAACCUUCAGCGGCACCAGCAAAUGCAGCAGCAGCAGCAGCAGUCGACGGUGGUGACAAGUGCGGAUGCAGAGGCGACACCGGUGACAGCCGGGACACCCGUAUUGGCCAACAACGCUGCACUGACUAGAACGCCCGAACCAGUCCGACGAGAAGUGAACCCAAUCUCUACCGUCAGUUCUCAUCAACCACAUCACCACCACCAGCCCACAGUCACAGCACAGUCUUUCAGCUUCGUGUCAACCACGUCUUCAGCCGCCUCAACCGUGAGUACAGGUGCACCGACGGUCCAAACCACUCAGCUGGCGACAACCUGUCUCGCGUCUGCGCUCCAAGCCAAGCUCCACCAGCAGCCACAGGCUUUGGCCCAAAACUCAGUCCAGCCUCAAACCCAGGGGCAGGGUCUUGGAACUGCUUUGCACCUGCGAGCUCAACCGCACGUUCAAGUGCAGGUUCCGACCGUUCACACACAACCUCAGAUUCAGGUGCAGGUGCCGACAUCAGCAGCUCAGGCACAGCCGGCGCAAGUGCAUGUGCAGGUCCCAACUUCAGUUGCUCAGGCGCAGCAGGUUCAAGUGCAGGCGCAAGUGCCAACCUCGGCAGUUCAGACUCCGCUUGCGCAAGUGCAGGUUCCAACGUCGGUGGCUCAGAUGCUGCAGACCCAAGUACAAGCCCCUAGUUCAGGGAUUCAGGUGCAAAUGCAGGUACCAAGCUCUGUGGUACAUGGGCAGCAAAUUCAGGUGCAGGUUCCAACCUCAGCUGCUCAGGCUCAGCAAGCACAAAUCCAGAUGCAUGUACCAACUUCAACAGUUCAGGUUCAAGUUCCAACCACGACGUUUCAAGCGCAAGUUGCAACAGGUUCAAACCAGGUGACGCCAUCGUCUGCACCAGUGCAAGUCCAGCUGUCGGCAGCUGCAGUGCAGGCUGCGCAACAGCGUCAGAUUCAGGUGCAAGUUCCAAUGGUUCAAACACAGCAGCACAUUCAGGUUCAGGUUCCCACUCAGCUAUUCAGUCACAGCAGGUUCAAGUGCAAGUCCCUAGUUCAACCUUUCAGCAGCAGCAAAUUCAGGUGCAGGUUCAGAGUUCAGCGCUUCAGCCACAGCAGGUUCAGGUGCAGGUUCCGAAUUCGUCAGUGCAGACGCAGCCGGUUCAGGUUUCGGGAACCCCCGCCGGGCAGGCGCAGUUUCAGCAGCAGGUGCAGGUCCACACCGCGCCGGUCGUGCAGACUCAGGUUCAGCAGCACCAGGUUCAGGUUCAGGUGCCGACCCAAAUCUGUCAAUCGCCACUGCACACACAAGUUCAGACGGCAGCGGGUCCAAUGUGUCGUGGUAUCCAUGGCACCCACUGGUCAGGUACCGGCAUCUAUUUCGGUGCCGUCCGUCUCUGUCCAGACGUCAAUGCCUAUACAAACACCUCUGCAAGUCACGUUCUCGACGCCAGUUUCCACACCUCUUCUGGCCUCAGCCAUUGCCUCCGCCCAAAGUUCUGUGUCAUCUUCAGUGUCUGCGGUCGGCCUGACUCAGACUUUGCCGAGUCUCCCUACCAAUGUGACGUCUAACCUGAGCUCUGGCCAGACUGUUGUAAUGGCUCCGAACCUGGCAUCGAACUUGAGUGGAGGAUCUGCGGUGGUUGUUGGUUCGGCGCUGCCUACGAACCCGGUCAUGGCACAAGGCACAUCUCUGGCUGCAAGCCUGGCCUCUGGUGGCGGUUUGCCGCCGGGAGCUACGAUCGUCAUGGUGCCCAACUCGGCCACGGGCAUCACAACGGGAAUGUUGGUGGUGCGGCCGCAAGGGAAGAUGCCACCCGGCGCGGUCAAUGCCGCCCUUCUAGCAAGGAGCCAAGCCGUAGCCAAUGCCAUCAAUGCUGGUGCCAGGGGCCCGCUCAUCGUGUCCACACGGCCCAAUGGCUUUCAGCGAGACAUUGUCAUGGAGGUCUCGAUGCCCCCCGAGUACAAGCAAGAACUGCCUCCUACUGCGCAACAGACGUCUGCGAUGGGUGCGGAUCACUCCAUCCACAACCACGUUGGAGAGAACGGUUCAACGGUCAGCGCGACGACAGCCCACAAGUGCAUUGCCAUUCUUCCGAGCACGACGACCACCACCUCUGGAACUGCCGCAGAAACGAAACUUGUCGAAAGCGUAGUGUACAAGAGCUCGCCACUUCUCAAUGGCCUUUUAGACAAGGGCAAAGUUCCGCUGGCCAUGGAUUCUGCGACGUUGCAGAAUGGAAGCGCGGAAGACGAGACGGCGCAGCACGCUGACAGCUCCACUUCGAUGGUGAUAUCGGAUGAUGUUAAUGUAGCAGUGACUAACGGGACAGGCACCCCAGCAAAGACAACGGCUUCGUCGGAUCUGUCGCCGAUUCAGGACAUCGUGGGGUCAGUGGAGAGUGCGUCGAAAGUAAUUUCGCGCUCUGGUGUUGAGGUUGCCGCUUCGCCAGCCUUGAAACGGGCGGCGGAGCCAGACGGGGGUGGAGGCUGUGUGAAGCGGCUCCGGCUGGAUGAUUCGAGCGAGUCGACAUUCCAAGCGGGGGAGACAACCGAGAGGCAGGGGUCGCCACCCGCAGCUAUUGUGCCUGCCUCUCAGCAGCAGCCUGUGGUCAUGAUGGCGCGAACCGAUGGGGGAGGAACGCAGCAUGUUGUGGUCCAGCAAAGCGUGAUCCAGCAAAACUUGACGCAGCAUGCUGUAACUCCGCAACUGGGCGGCAGUGUGGUCCAGCUCGGCUGUGCCCACCAAGCACAGGUGCAGCCAAAGACGCAGUCGCAGACGUUGUCUACCCCAUCGGUGACGCCGCAGGUGGUGCGGGUGGUUACAACGACUGCUGCAGCGCCAGUUCCACAACCCAAUCUGGUGAAACUCUUGAGCACGAUGGACUCCUCAAAGGCUGUUGUCACUACGGUGGCAACAGUAAACUCCACAUCAACGACAAGUGCGACGUCAACUGUGGCAGCAGGUUCGACGAUCCCGGUGUCCACGCAGCCUGCAGAAGUGAAACCCGCUGCAACGGCAUCUAAGACUGUAGUGGUUGAUGGGGAGAAGAAAGGCGGCAGUACGGCAACGUCGUCUGCGGCUGCCCACCACCAUCACCACCAUCAUCACCAUCACAAGGCAGCGAAGUUAGUCUACCAUUGCGAAUGGAAAGGGUGUGAUAGGACAUUCUCGACGCCCAGUGCAGUAUUCUAUCAUGCCUGCAAGGUGCACAUAUCGGAGGUCGACAAUGACGUCCAGUGUCAAUGGGACUCGUGCGACGACAUGAAGCGGCGCAGGCUCUCGCUGUUCACGCACCUGCAGGAUCGGCACUGCAACGAGCAGGUGCUACAGAUCCAGGCAGUUCGGCGGCAGCAGAUCUCGCAGUUUGGCAAGGCCUCCUUGCCACCACCAGCGCAGCCGCCUCCGCACCCUGGUUACGCGCCGGAUGCUGCCUUGCUUGCCAUCCGGAGACAUGCCCUGGCCUAUUACAACCACCGCGACGCCUCGGAUGAAAAGGAGUCUGCAUUGGCCAAGAGUAUACGGCUCACUUCGGCCCUCAUCAUACGGAAUCUCGCUACCUAUUCGUCGCGAGCAAGACGUUACCUACGGCGGUAUGAGCAGCAGCUGUCAACGGUGGCCAUGUCCCCAUUAGAGUCAUCACGGACUAUUGCCCAGUGCUUGCUUGAAAUGUCGCGGGUGCCGACACCGGACUGAACAAGCACCGAAUGUGGGGUAGAAAAAAAAAACAAUACUAUGCGACGAAGCUACUGCGGAGUCGUGCCACGCUGGAGUGAUUGCGUGUGUAAAUCGUACCGCCCACCACUGGUGCAAGAGACUUAGUGUUGUUCGCAAGUGUGGUGUUGCACGUGGUGAGGCAGUGAAGGAAAGGACUUCGAGAUAAACUGCGGAGGCAACGUCGCGAUCGGCGGCUCUCGACAGCUCGUGACAACCGCUUGGUGGACUUUCGAACAUGUACAGACAGAAAAGGUGGAAGCGUGCGACGGAGCAGCGGCGUUGUGCCGGAGGAGGACGUGAAUAAAAAGAUCGGACAUUUUAUGUGACGAAGACGAGCAUUCGCGCCAGUGAAAGAGCAAGAGAAACUUCCCUACGUGCCUCGAUCAAGUGACGGUGGAAAAAAGUGUUUAAGCCCGUUACGUCUACAUUUUUUUUCUCUCUCUCUUUGCUACCUUUCGUCAAGUAAAGCGUUGUGUGGUGGCAGCAGGACAAAAGUGACGUCGGCGUCAUAUCAAAAUGUAAAACAGGAAAAGCAAAAUUUUCUCGCAUGCCAUCUCUUUCGAAACAUUUUUUUUUGUUCAUGUGGUACUGAAACAUUCUUCUUUUGUUUUUCCUUCAUCUUCUUGCAUUUUUUUCCAACAGAGUUUUGUCCGUUUCCUAGUUGUGCUUCGUGUGCGAGAGCAAGAGGUUGUCACUUCGUGUGGGCAAAUGCAAACUCGUGGCCACAGGACCGAUAAGAAUGGGGAUUAAGCGAGUUUUUUUAUUUUAAAUCGUCCUUGUUCGCAGACUUGCGAAAGACCUGUGCUGUGUGUUACUGGGAGAUAAACUCUCUUCCUUUGCAUUGUUUUUUUUUUUGUUUUGAAGUGGUCUGCUUUUCACUCAGUCCCACUGCGUUCGGUCAUCGUUCGGUCAUCAGAAGCAUGGUUCAUUUGCCGGUUUUAUUUAAAACUUUAUUUAUCGUCACAUAAGGGAGGGACACGCAUAAAAAAAGCCAUAAUUUUGAUGCACUGUACUCUACCAUCUUGUUCCUUCGACCUGACGUCAUGUGCUGGUUCAGCAUCUUAAACAUCCCAGUGUGUAUCUUUUUUUUUUCUUGUUACUGCUCGGCCAUUCUUCAAAAAUAGUUUCCAACGUAUGCAUUACAGGCUGCUUCGUGCUAUCAUGUUCGAUUCUGUGAGUGUGCAGUUUAUAAUUAUGUUGAAAAAUUUGAAAGGAUUGUGUUGAUAAUUAAGUUUCAACUUUGAUGGCUGCUGCAUAUACUAAGAUUCAAGAUUUACGAGAGCUGUGCAGAGAGUAGCAUGGAUGUCAGAUUGAGCAGAUACAUCGUUCUUGCUUACUUUUUUUAAUUGUGUGCGAGACGACUAAUUUUCUGAAAGAAUAAAAAGGUUAUCUAGAUCAACUAAUCACCCUGAUAUUUUCAUGCUUGUGUAUGAACAAUUUCAAAGUUUUUUGUGUCUUUUUGCUAAUUUUGACCUUUACGGAGGAGGAGACAAGAUGUCAUUGCCUUCGCUUUGUGCACUCCAGUUUAUUUCAUAAUACACAGAAUUUAUGUUUUGUAUGUUCACGUCACUCUCACCUCUCAUUUAAACAGUUUUAUGCAGCAUCCUUCCCCUGUUCAUCCUACAAGGUGAAAAGCUUGAAACAUUCAAUGCAUAAAUGCAGAACAGUUGCAUCAUAUUAUUAUUGUAGCGCAGAAAGUCAGCACCUUUGCAUGACCAAUUACAGCAUGUUUUGUCUUGGUGAAUUUGCAUGGAUCUGCAGUGGGCCUGAAUAUUGGGAAACUUGUGCUCUAUCUAGACGUGGCGGUCAUGUUGUUGAGCACACCUUGAACGCUUUACUCUGCGAUUCCACCACAAACAAACAAGGCUGCCUUGUGGUUGACGUCGAUUAGCUCACCGGUACUGGUAAUGCACCUCAAGUGAAAGCUGGACUUUACAACUCUUAUGGAGAACUCAUGAACUCUUAUGGAGAAUUAGCUGCCUAAUUCACAGGCAACCUAAUUAUGUGUGGGGCACAAAGCGGCCUGUUUCACACCUGAAGUUGAUGGGCAUGGCUGGCACGUGUUUUUUCAUUUAGCAUUGCUGUCAGGCAAUUGCCGAAAGAAGUAAGUUUGAAACGUUGAUCCUACGGGACACAAGAGAAGAGACAAACAAGCGUUUGUCUCUUCUCUUGUGUCCCGUUGGUUUGCGCUUCCAAUUAUUCCAUUAUGAAUUUGUACCAACUAGCCCGCCUGUCAACCCUAUUGAAACGUUGAGCUUCAUUGGCUACUCUAAAGCGCUUAUGUUUGAAAAGUGCUGCGCAAGAAAUGUUCAACAUAUGAAUAAUAUACUCCUGUUGUGUUUAUUAAUUAAACAAAAUGAUUCCUGAGCUAUAAUCUAAGAAUUGUGUUUUUCUGGUGAAAUCGUAAGGUUGUAGCGUUACUCCGUUUGAGUGUGAAGAAACAGAAGCCAGUGAAAAAGGGAAAUGCAGAUGGCAGGAUGAGUGGUUAUCUUUUCAUCUGCAUUUCUCUUUUUCACUGGUUUAUUUAUCUUCACUCUCAAAAAGAGUUGCGCUCUAUAACCUCACGAUUUCAUCAUGCACUAACUCACCCAAUCUGCAGUACUCGUGUUUUUGCGAGUUACAGGAAAGCACUGCAGUUUGUGAGGUGUUUUUGGAGCAAUCCUCUAGUUAACCUUUCACCCUGUGGUUCAUUUAGGAUUCAUUCCAGCGACGUAGUGUGAAAGUUUCCAAGGUAUAAUUGAGUAAUUUGGCUCUUUUAACAGCUCCCUGUAAAAGCAUUGACUAGCGAGGCAUGUAAACUAAUGUGAACCAGUUAUAACGUUGGUGCAACUGCAUUGGUCGCUGAAUGUAAGAAUUGAUUUGAUAUGUGGGGUUUAACGUCCCAAAACCACUAUAUGAUUAUGAGAGACGCCGUAGUGGAGGGCUCCGGAAAUUUAGACCACCUGGGGUUCUUUAACGUGCACCCAAAUCUGAGCACACGGGCCUCUGAAUGUAAGAAAAUGGCUGCGUGCCGGGAGGGCUGCCCCAAGGUAGACAAGGGACGUAGCUGGGUGCUGGUGAGGGACUAGCCACGCAUCGGUGCUCAUUCAUAAAUGAGUUUUUGUACUUUGGUGAUGCCCCCUUUCCCCCCUUGGGCAAUCAGGCUGAUUUUUAAAGUGGAAAUCACUGCAAAAUUAGAAUCAUUUGACCAAUGAAAUAACUUCAAUAGUUAAACAACUGUCAGAGUUAUUUCAUUUAUCUAAUGAGUUUAACUGAGUGGCAUUUCCCGCACCUCUCAUGCCUCAGUUACAUUAGAAAGCGAGGCGUUUGUUAAAUCAGCUAUGAAAUUAUUUGGUGGCAUUAUCAAAAGCACUGUUUCACCGUAACACCCCUGUACUUGACUGUUUGUUAUCUGUAUUAUAACGAACAUUUGGUAAAAGGGAGGCGAAAUACAAGUAUCCUCCAUGAAAUUUAUGCGGAAUCAUAAGGGCUUAUUCUGUAUCACACCUAAAAUUGAUACGGAACUCAUACGGUAUAUUCGUAUGGUAUACAGGAAUUUUUAUUGGAUCCUCUUAAUAAAGUGGUGAUAUAAUGGUGCAAUAUAAGUGUUUUAUGAUGUUUGUUCAAUGAUCAUCGAGCAAUGAAUUUCGUAAUGGACUUUCUUGGCUUGGGUCAAGAGUAAAGAAUGGUCUCACAAAGGAGCUUAGUCUAUCUGGCCAUUUUAGAUAAAACGUUGCAAUGUUAGCUUGCUGCUUUACUUUGAAGCAGCACUGCUAAUUCCUUGGUGGAAUCAUAGAGGACGAUUGUGUUUGGGUGUGCUCUCAAUGGUGGCUUUUGUGGCAAAAUUAAAGGAUGCUGCCUUUUCUUUUUUCAGCUUUGAUUUGUGUUUUUUUGUGGCAGCUGCAGAAGGUAACAAUCUACUGCAUAUUCUCAGUUUUAUGCACUUUUUUAUACAUUUAUUUCUGCUCAAACAAAUUGAUAUGAAAAUGGACGCUUGUUCAUUUUGGUUUGUUUCUUGACAGUGUUCUCAAGUACCCUUGCCCUGUAAAAGCACUUGUAUUUCGUCAUUCCUCGUUUACGCACCACAAUCUGAGCUCCCCAAAACACCAGUGCUUUCUAGACACUGCAUUGGCAUGGUGACUGACGUCCACACUUUGGCAGUUUCAUUGUUUCUUGGAUCACCUGUCUGAAGAAAAAUUAAUUUAAAACCAUACGUGCCCUUGAUAUCUUCAUUUUUUGUUUUUGCUUGUUUUCUCUAUCUCUAGUAAAAGCUUCGUGCUGUGCUGUCACUGUAAAAUACAGUUUCAAAAUGCUUCACGUUUUGGGCAGGCUAACUUUGGAGGUAUUGGAGAAUGAAGGCGUACCUACAUUGGCCUGUCGAUGUCUUCAGUUCGAAUCUCUGUGCUUUCUUUCUUUUCUCGCUUUAUGUGAGCACCCCUGUUGUUAUGUGAACCCAAGUAUUCAGUCAGAUUGGCAAGCCCUUGUAGUUGGCACCAUUAUAAAUGUACCGUACUCCGAACCGCUCGUGUUCCGUACAUGCCUAUCUAACCUGUGUUGUUUAGUUUCAUUGUCUGUACCGAUGUGACAGAUUGUUUUGAGUUCUGGCCAUUCUAAGCUGUGCAGUAAAACAGUAACCUUCUGCUUCAACCACAGAUGAUAAGUACAACAGUUGCAUUUUCUUGGCUGAGCAGAAAGGCUUACUCGACGGCCAGCUGCAUGUCUGUAGAAUAACCCAUGAAUUAUUUUGUUCCAAAUGUUCUACCUGUAUAUUGUGCUCAUUGAAUUCAUCAUUGUUUUUCUCCCGGUCGGUUUUUCUUUCUGUGCUGAAAUGUAUACAAUGCAAGUGGAUGAUUUCGCAUGUUCCCUGUGCUGUUCAUUAUGGAAGCAACACAUACCUGAUGCUGAGUCAUGAACAAGAACACUAUGGAAGGAAGCAUCAUAGAAAACGCAGACUGAAGUAUUAAGGUGGCAUGUUGAAGCGGGCCUCGGUAGCAUCGGAAUUUUUUUCUGGCACUUCCGAUUCACCUGAACAGAAAAAUUUUCCCGAGCUUGGUUGUAUUGUACUGUCGUCCAAGUCACGUGUUUUGUUGAGUGAAAUCUUCGCCGCACCCUUCGAUUUUUUCGUUACAUUUUUUUCGUUCUUCAUUUCACAAAUAUGAAAGCCACUCUGCAUCUUCGCCGCGUCUAAAAUCAUUGUCUGCGAUGCCCACAUUUUGAAAAGAUUUCUCCCAGCGCUAAAUAUCAAGCGUGCAUUCUUGUUCAAACCCUUUAUCCUACACACCGCGUGUCCUUCUCCCCCUCCCUUGGACCCUUCGUCACUAACUUGUCUGGAUGCACCAAGUUCACAUACACAUUAUUGCAGGUAAUAUUAUUGUAUUAUGAUUGCCGCGUCUAUUUCUGUAUAUAUAUAUGCAUACGAUGAUGAUGAACGAGAAAAAUUUAUACACAGAGUGAAGAGAAAUUGGUUAAUAAAAUGUUUUUUGGCCAUCUCA